CAGGUGAAAACGGACUUUCGUAUUUCAGUGUUUGGUAUUGGAAGCACCGAAGCACAGGGAGAAAGGCAUGCGUGGGAUGAGCAAAAACGGAAAGAAGAAAGAGCCACCGUAACCGCAACUGUAUCUGUUAGUAACGUCUGAGUCUCCGCUGGUUGUUAUACUCGACAGUCGCGACGUGCCACCACUCACUCACUCACUCUCCGUACAACCUUCGCCAAUGGGAGAAACCACGCCUCGCCAACGCAUUUCCGUUCACCACGCCCUCGGCGCUGGCCCAGUUGCCGAUGUGUUGCUUUGGAAGAAUUGGUGUGGCGCAGGUGUUGUUCUGGCUUCGGCUACCGCUUUGUGGUACCUCUUCGAACGAGCUGGCUAUAAUUUCUUGUCAUUCGUGGCCAAUGUAAUAUUGCUUCUCGUCGUUAUUCUCUUCUUGUGGGCCAAAUCUGCUAGAGUUCUUAAUAGGCCUCUUCCUCCUCUACCUGAUCUGGAGAUUUCUGAGCAAACCAUUGCCAAGGUUGCUGACAUGCUUAAAAUUUGGAUAAAUCAUGCAUUGUCCAUUGCACAUGACAUAGCUAUCGAGAGGAAUUUGCUCCUUUGCCUACAGGUUGCCUGUGCAUUGUGGGUAAUAUCUUUUAUUGGUGGUCUGUUCAACUUCCUGACUUUAAUCUAUAUUGGUGUUCUUCUAAGCUUGUCAGUUCCUGUUUUGUAUGACAAGUUCCAGGACCGAAUCGAUACUAAGCUGUACAUGAUAAAUGGAAUUAUUGAGCCACAUUAUAGAAAUUUCAAGCAAGAUUCCAAAACUGUCAAACAAAGAAAAGAAGGUGCAGUAGGGUGCACAUGGACAAGCGAAGUCAAUUUAGGGGCGUAUAAAUGAGUGCUUAACAUAUGAAGUACUUGAGGUUUUUCUUUAGCUGGGAUGUUCUCGCUGUUUUAGUUGAUGGUUAGAUGGUAUGGUAAUUCUUGAGACGCAAGAUUGACAAAUAGCUGCAGCGUAGGUAAUAUUCUCUUCCAAUUUUAUAUGGUACCUACCCAUUGGAAGAUGCUUUCUUUGGAUUUUUUUAGUUGGGUAUGUUACCCUUGUUAUGCUUCACUUUGGAAUAGAUUACUGGAUCAGGAAGGGAAGAAAAAUAGAAAGAAAACAAAGGACAUGGGAGAAUUUGCCUAUCUAUUUGUUUCUUCACGAUUGUAAGAUUGGUUUUGACCACGAAAAGAUUUUGAUUAGGUUGGUAUUUCGUUA